UCUAGACAGUCGCCGGUCGCCGCGCCGCUGGAACACAACAUUUACAAAAUAACAACAAACGAAUUGCUUGCAUUAAAAAAAACGUCUUAAAGUUAGAUUGUGUGAGGGAGUGAGGUGUAAUUGGACAAAUGGAAGAUGUGGCCUCAACCUCGGAGGUGGUUAUCCGGGACGCCGAGAGAGAAGACAUGCUGGAAGUAGACAAGAUGAUACAGGAACUGGCUGUUUAUGAGAAAUUGACCGAUGACGCGCGACUGAACGCUGCAGAUCUAGUGCGAGACGGGUUCGAUUCCCCGGCGGCGUUCGGGUGCAAGGUGCUGGAGGUGCGGGGGGAGCAGCGGGUGGUGGCGGGGUACGCGCUUUACUACCGCACCUACUCCACCUGCGUGGGCCGCGGCCUCAUGCUGGAGGAUCUGUACGUGCGCGAGCGCUGGCGCCGCCGGGGCUUCGGGCGGCGACUCUUCGCUGCUGUCGCUGCGGAGCUAGCUGACUUUGAAAAGAUGCCUGAUGGUCCAAAACUUACUGUUGAAGAUCUCCAACGUGAUGGAUUUGAACUAGAACCACCGGCCUUUAAGUGCAAAGUAGCUGAGAUACCGUUUCCAAGUGAGGUUAUAGGCUAUGCCUUAUAUUUCCCUACAUACUCCACAUGGGAAGGCAAAGCGAUCAUGCUGGAAGACCUCUAUGUCUGUCAGAAAUAUCGCCGACGUGGUGUAGGCAAUGCACUCUUCACUGCCACUGUAUUGCAAGCUGUUAAGAUGGGCUGCAAUCGUGUAGAUUUUCAUGUGCUAGCGUGGAACCAAGCUCGCAAGUUCUAUGAGGCAAUCGGCGCAAAGAAUUUAACGGAGAGUGAGCAGUGGUGCUACUAUCGCCUGUCCGGGGACGCCCUCGCAUUAGCCUCCAGUAAAACAAAGCUUCACAGUGCUUAGAUAUGUAUUUCAUAUUACUACAUAACU